GAAGUUAUAAGUAGUGCUUGAUUCACUUGAACUGAUUUACCCUAUAAGUAUCGUUAGAUAUCUACUUAGUCUUUCCCAAUCAAGACUUGCAAAAAUAAGGAAAAUAUGGCUAAGCAAUCAUUGCCUGAGCAAAAAUUAAUCGAAGGAUUGAAGAAACUUCUGAUCGCUGGUGAAAAGGAUGGCGUAAACGAUGUAGUUGAAGAAAAAAUUGAGAAGCUGAUCGUAGAGUUGCAAGGUCCAGAACAUCCUUUUGAUCCAGUUCAAAGAAUUAAGGAUGGCUUCCAUUACUUCUUGCGGAACAAAUAUGAUCCAUCAGUAGCAGAAGGCCAGCAACCAAAGUUUUUGGUAUUUGCUUGCUCGGACUCACGAGUUAGCCCAUCUCAUGUCCUUGACUUCCAACCUGGUGAAGCCUUCAUGGUCCGCAAUAUUGCCAACAUGGUCCCUCCAUUUAACCAGCUAAGGUAUUCUGGAGUUGGAGCAGCCAUAGAAUAUGCUGUGGCACAUUUACACGUGGAAAAUAUUCUAAUUAUCGGACAUAGUCGUUGCGGUGGAAUAGAGACGCUUAUGAGUCUUCCAAAAGAUGGUUCUACUUCCAAUGACUUCAUUGAUGAUUGGGUCAAAAUUGGAUUACCUGCCAAACGCAAGGUUUUGGAAGAGCAUCCUCACCUUGAUUUCUAUGAGCAAUGCAAGAUUUGUGAAAGGGAAUCAGUGAAUUUCUCACUGAUAAACAUACAGACCUACCCAUAUGUGAAGGCAGCAAUGGACAAAGGGAAACUUACACUAAGAGGUGGCUAUUAUGAUUUUGUUAAUGGGAUUUUUGAGCUUUGGGAGGUUAAAGACUGCAUUACACAACCAAUUCCAAUAUAAUCAGUUUCUUCCUACUUGGAUUGUUUCCUUUAAAGCAAGUGCUAGUGCUUAAAUAAUGGUGGAAAUGUAAUAAUUUUCUCUAAAUUGAUGAAUAAAAUUUUAAUUUUCAUUACCUUA